AUGGGUGGAAAGGAGGCGAAGGUAAACAGGGUUUCGAUUUCACUUGGGUGGGUUUUGAUUGCUAUUGAUCUAAGACGAGAAGGUCGGAGGAUUUGGGGGAACAAUAUUGAGAUCCAUGGUCUCGGGCUAAACAUAUGGCGAGAUUGUCAAGAGGAAUCACAAAAUAUGGGGGAUGACACAGCUAAUUGGGGGAUAUCGGGGCCAAGGGGGAACCGAAUCUCGGGGAUUUACGGAGGACGAACAGAUCCGUAUCUCUUGACGAUCUGGGCUUACAGAACACAGCGAGCGGAUAAAAGGAAACAACCAAUCACUCAGCAAGUAUCGCACAUCAGUUUUGACGAGUAUCCUGGAUAUCUUGGGAUAGAUGGGGCUCACGGUGAUUACGGGGACCUCUUUCUGAUUAAGGUAAUAGGGUUUAAUGUGGAUUAUCCAUGGCAUCCUUGGUUUUGUCAUGAGGGAGGACCUUAUGUUGAUCUGGAAUUGAUAUGGAGCUUUAAUAGCGGGAUUCGUUUGGGGUUCAUGGGUUGUAUAAAGGCGCUAAUGGAGUGGACAUUACAAUCAUAUUCUCAUAAGAUUGCCAUUCACUCUAACGCAAACACAUUGAUUUUUGUUUCUCUCUCAGUGCUCACAAUGGCUCAAGCGGCUAGAAUGGUGAAUGGUGGAUCAAGGGUACGGACGAACACUGAUCGGGAGGUGCAUGAAUCCUACGGUGCAGGAGAUGAAGUCUCUCCUCUUCAUGUUGCCAAGAAUUUGGAAGGUGGAAGAGCGAGUGGCAGGGGCAAACCUAGGGAUGGGCAGGUUCCAGUUCGAUUACGAUGA